AUGAUGCUGCUCAUUUUUAUCUGCCCCGCUUUACAAAAUCCUCAUUCAGCCGGCCGAGGAGCAACAAAAGCCUCUGAGCAGCUCCGCAGCCACUGGCGGCCACAGCCUCCCCGGCGCGCGAGAAAGAAAGGCGAGAGGGGCCGAGGAAAGCAGGCGGCGGGCGCGCGCCCCUCUCCGCCGGAGGGAACGCUGCCUGCCGGGGCCUGCGAGCCCAGGUGUCGGGUCCUCGGGGCGGGCAGGGCCGUGGGGCGCGCGCGGGAAGGGACUUGUGGGAAGGAAGGGAGCGGAAAGGCCGAGCGCCACCCGCCCCGGGAGUCUCCAGAGCAGCGCGCAGGGCAGACCUCCUCGGGUCCCCCGGCGCUUCGGUCUCCGGAGACGCCCGGCCUCCUGAAGGGAUCGGCUUGUCCUCCUCUGGCGCUCAGCUCCCUCUGGCGGCCGGGCUGGCAGGACCUCAGCGCCCAGCCCUUCCUUCUUGUUACGUCCAGGCAAGUUGGCCCGGCUUUCGGAUGCCUCUGGACAGUCCCCGUCCAGGCCCGCGACCCAGCCCGAGUGGAGGCCCCGGGGCCCACAGAGCGCGGCCUCCCAGGCCUUCCAGCCCUGGCUGCGGACGCCGCAGCCUCCUCGCCCCUGGGCCGGACGCGGCCUUCCUGCCCAAGACCACUGGGGCCCCCGCCCCUCCCGGGACAGGGCUGUGGACAGGCCAGCUGCUGCCUUAUUUUUAGCGCCAUUCCAUUCGCGCGGUUAUAUUUAACUCGACCCACUCCUCCGAGGAGGUCGCUCGGACAUCGAAUUCUCCACAUCGCAGCUUCGGCCUGCCCGCCUUGCCUCAGGGGUCUCACUCUGUGUCUCAGGCUGCAGUACAGUGGUGCAAUUGUAGAUGGCUGCAGCCCUCGACCUCCUGGGCUCAAGUGAUCCUCCUGCCUUAGCCUCUUGAGUAGCUGGGAGUACAGAUGCACACCACCACACCCAGCCUAGAAUGAAGAAACCUGCAGUUGGGAAGCAUGAAUUUACCACCUAUUAAGAAGUAGUCAUCAGGCAUGACCUCCCAUGGGUGCUCACAGGAGAUGGUGCCGUGCAUGUGCAGAACUUCCCAGCCAAGAUCCACCACAUUGGACCCACUGAGUGAGCCCCCUUGUCAUUGCAUGAGAUGGUGAUGAUCACAUAGCGUAGAGGAGAGUAUGUGUGACACAGAGCAAUGGUAGUCAGUUUAACAUACGAUAGCCCUGUGAAAGGCAUGUGGUCAGCCCUGGGAUCAGUAACCAUCAGAAGACAUGGCUCCCAGAAGGCUGCCUGGAUCUGGUUAGCAAAGGAACCAGAAAUAAGAGUGGCUCCAGUGGCAGCAGCAAACUUCAGCAUAGCCUGCUGGCUGACAUUCCUGGAGGAUGUGACACUGACAGCAGCUGAGUUUCCAAAUGGCAACAAUGGCACAAGCUGCCAGCCAAAGCUUCUUGCAGGUCCUCUUCAGAUUUAUCAUGUAGAUGCCAUCACUUUUCCUUUUGUAGUGUAUCAUUUGGAAGUCAAGGUGGGUGUCACCUAAGUGGAUUCCUGCUGGAAGGAAUGUGAGGACAUUCUCCUCCUUCAUCUUCAGGGCAUCAAGGGCUCCAAACAUUGUGAAAGUUUCUCUUUAAAUUACGACAUGCUGUAUGGAUCUCUGACUGGGGAACAUGGACAAGUACACUCAAAGUUUGAUUGCUAGUAUAGCUCACUCUUCUGUGGCUAGAAGUCCUGAAGAAUAAAACGUUAAGGGAGUUAUUAUGCUGACUACAACACCCAGGCUUAGGAACUAGUGAGCAUAAGACCUCAAAUUUCUUUCUGGCUCUCAUUAUGAAAGUCAUGAUUGUUUCCCUUGCGUCAUCCUCUGCAUGUGGCUUUUCAUCUUACAUUCUGGCUUUGCUCCAGGAGACACACUGCCUUAUGCCAGGGACCUGGUGGAAAGGUCACCCCCAGAAUGGACAGGCUGGGAAGAGCUCACUUAACAGUGCACUGGUUUACUGAGACAAUUCAAAACACACAUUCAUUUUGUGUGCUUAUGAAAUAUAUCCCAAGAAUUGUGGUUUGCAUUGUAAGAGGAGCCUGUGAAUUCAGAGGCAAGUCUGCUGAGGACCGAAUGUUCCUGUCCAUAAAAACAGAAGUCUGGCCUGGGCUCCUCUCUUGGGUGAAUUUGCAAUGCCAGAUCCUCUCUAUCAGUUUGGUUUUGUUUCUUGUAUCUCUGGGAAGGCAGGCAGACAGCACGGUCACCUGUGAAUGCAGCUACAAUUGGCUUAGCUGCCUCACUGAUAAAUGUGCCCCCAGUAAGCUACAAAGGGAUUACCAGCGUUCUCAGCAGCUAAAGAACAGGUCCAGACGCCUGAGCCUGGAAAGAAGUCUGGCCCACGUUCUAUCCAUUUACCCUGUGGCCUUACAGAGACAGAACCUUUGCAGAGCCUGCACUGUGCUUUUACUGUUCCCUUUCGUGGUUGGCUGAAUAAUGGUCUUCCAAAGAUGUCUACAUCUUAAUCCCCAGAACCUAGGGAACCUGUGAAUACAUCACCUAACAUAGGAAAAGGAACUUUGAGGAUGUGGUUAAGGAUCCUGAGAUGGAACUGGCGAAGAUUUCCCCAGCAAAAAGUAGAAGCCCAGUGUUUCAUAGAUGAAGACUGGGGAGAUUGCAAAAGACCCAUCCAGCAGUGGUUCUCAGACCUCAGUGUGCAUCAGAAUCACCUGGAAGGCUUGUGAAAACACGUAUUGCUGGGCCACACCCCCAGAAUUUCUGGAUCAGUAAAGCUGGUUAACUAAAGUAUUCAAACGAAAUUUAUUUGUGUGUUCUACAAGGAUUCUUACUUUGAGUAGCCAACUUGCAGAAUACAAUAGAAUUUUGGGAGGAGCCCCUCGAUGCCUGGCUUUACUGUUGGAGAGACAGUACAGUAUACACCAGAUGACUUAUUUGUGAACCAUGGAAAUGUUUGGAAAAGCCUACUUCAUGCUUUGAACAGAAGAGUUUUAUCAGUUUUAAAUGUUUCCUCAUUUCUAUACCUUGUUUUAUCUGAGGAGCUUAAGCCAUUUUGUAGAGGCAUUAAGUAUUGCCUCAGUCUUAAUAUGUGAGACAAGCUUUGCUGUGUUACCCACCCAUGCCCCAGGAUGCCAGGGAAUCUGAAAGCAGUUUUUUUCUGUUGAUUUUAUGGGUGUGGAUACUGAAAUCUAUGCAGCUUGAGAAAGAUGCAGGUUGAUCCCACGCUCAAAGAACUGCUAUGGAACUCCUCCCCUGCAAUCUCCCUCUUAGAGACUGCCUCUCUGCCCUCUCAACCCAGAGCUAGGCAUGUGACUAAAGCUUGGCUAAUCAAAGCAUCCAGUGCCUUUGACCACAGUAAGAGCUGGAAGACUGAGCACAUGGCCUCUUCAGAGCCACAGAGAUGGAAGAGAAUUUUUUGCUGAAACUUCUGGGAAAGAAAUUAACUUUCCUGCUGGACUUUAUUCAUGGAAAUAGGCUUCAGCCAUAUUCCAAGGGAGAUCAGGACAAACAUGACACUCUGUGGAUUGUGAUCUGUUGGUGGGCCAUGAAAUCAAUUUGGGGGUUUGAGAGCAUCAUUCUUUUAAUAAAACAGAAGAGAAUCGUCUGCAAUAAGGAACCCAUGGAUGAAUACCAUCUGGUCCUGGUGAUUUACUGCACAGAGUCCCUCAAGUUGCUCCAUACCUUUCUCCUGAGAGACUGAAGAAUCUCUGUCAAGGCCGUUCUCUGCUUUGCCAUAAAAUGUGUCCUUGGAACAAGAAUUUCCCCAUUGUCUUCUUCAAUAAAUACUGAUUC